AUGCAUCAGCAGCAGUUGGUCCUCUUCUGUUUUUCCCUGGUUUUGCUGGCAUCGCCCCUUAUGGCCAUAUGGGAACUGAAGAAAGAUGUUUAUGUUGUAGAGUUAGACUGGUAUCCUGACGCCCCUGGAGAAGUGGUGGUCCUCACCUGCAACACCCCUGAAGAAGACGGAAUCUCGUGGACCUCGGACCAGAGCAAUGAGGUCUUAGGCUCUGGCAAAACCUUGACCAUCCAAGUCAAAGAGUUUGGAGAUGCUGGCCAGUACACCUGUCACAAGGGAGGCGAGGUUCUCCGCCAUUCUCUCCUUCUGCUUCACAAAAAGGAAGAUGGAUUUUGGUCCACUGAUAUUUUAAAAGACCAGAAAGAACCCAAAAAUAAGACCUUUCUAAAAUGUGAAGCAAAGAAUUAUUCUGGACGUUUCACCUGCUGGUGGCUGACAGAAAUCACUGAUGAUGUGAAAUUCAGUGUCAAAAGUGUCAGAGGCUCCUCUGACCCCCGGGGAGUGACCUGUGGAGCAGUGACACGCUCAGCAGAGAAGAUCAGAGUGGACCACAGGGAGUAUUGGAAGUACACGGUGGAGUGUGAGGAGGGCAGUGCCUGCCCAGCUGCUGAAGAGAGGCUGCCCAUUGAGGUCGUGCUGGAUGCUGUUCAUAGGCACAAGUAUGAAAACUACACCAGCAGCUUCUUCAUCAGGGACAUCAUCAAACCAGACCCACCCAAGAAUCUGAAACUGAAGCCGUUAAAGGAUUCCCGACAUGUGGAGGUCAGCUGGGAGUACCCCGACACUUGGAGCACCCCACAUUCCUACUUCUCCUUGACAUUUUCUCUUCAGAUCCAGGGCAAGAACAAGAGAGAAAGGAAAGAUAGACUCUUGGAAGACAAGACCUCAGCCAAGGUCACGUGCCACAAGGAUGCCUUGAUCCGUGUGCAAGCCCGAGACCGCUACUAUAGCUCAUCCUGGAGCGAGUGGGCAUCUGUCUCCUGCAGUUAGGUUCUACUCCCAGGAUGAAACCUUGGAGGAAAAAAGGAAGCCGUGCAAAGCUUUUAAGAGGCACGGUGCACUAGACCCAAAAAGAUAUUUUCUACCUAAUUUGUGUUUUUUUAAGUGUUUUGUUGUAUUUAUUUUAUUGCAAUGCUAACUGCCCAAUGAAACAAUCCGGUAAUUUAUUUAUAGAGUUGCUAGCUAGCAGGCUGCAACUGCUAUUUAGAUAUUUAAGUAAUUUAUGUAUUUAUUAAUUUAUUAUGGUAUUUAACAUUUUUGUGCCAAGAUUUAUAUGUUUCACACUCUCAUGACCUGAUCCAUAAGGAACGGGUCCUAUUAUGUAAAAUGUGAAUUUAUGUGUCAUUUAUACUGACAACUUUUCCAUCGAGUCUGCAAGUGCCUCCGUGUUAUAGCAGCCAGUAAGAAUGCAGAGUUCUGAUGAUGGAUGGAUAAUUAAAUGGAGACUUGGAGACGAGAAGCCACUUGAGAAGGUCCUGGGAAGAUGUUAGUUCUCAUGUCCAGGAAGAGUUACAAUUCACGGCCACCUAAGCAAGUUAAAUCUUUGGAUGCCUGAAUUUAGAAAGGGCUAAAAUUCAAAAAAGAAAAGAAACUGAGCUUCAUUCCGCCUCUGUGGCAAUCCCCACCCAUCUAUCAGUAAGGUAUAGGAGAGUGACACAGACAUCACAAGUGUCUGAAAAGUAAAAAGAUCUUAUGAUUGAAGAGGAAGAAUAAGUGUGGUUAUAGAUAAGGCCAUAAAAGUGUCAGAAUUGCCAGUUGCUCCUCAGUAGCCAUGUAAGAAAA